AUGGUUAGUGUAAAUCAGUUUAUUGCAAAUGCAAAUACGUGUCCAGCUGUGACCGUGACAGUUUCCUCCUUUCAAUACCAGUCUAUCAUCAAAAAGCCCUCCACAUUUGACGGAAAAUCCUCUGAAAAGGCUAGACUCUUCCGCAGUGCCUUCUGCGUCUACGUCAGAGCCAAAAAGGAACUAUUCACACAAUGGGACACCAAUGACGCUGCAGUUUGGGCACACCCUCACAUUGACGACCUAGCCGAAGGGUGCACUCCAUUCAGCUUGUCCUGGAUAGAAUUUGUUAAACAGUUCUCGGCUAAAUUUGAACCAGUGGAUGCUAUUAACGAAGCCAAACAAAAGCUUAUAUUGAUCAAACAAGGAACUAAGACACUUGCAGACUAUCUCUUAGAGUUUGAAACCUGGUCAAAGUGCACUAGAUGGUCAGAAGCCAAUUUAUAUGACCGCCUCAAAACUGACAUGAACUCGGAUUAUAUCAACCAGUUAUUCUACUUCCAAACUCUGGCAAAAGAUUACAUUACAGUUGAAACAUACGGCGCAACCAUUGACCUGCAGAAAGCAGAUUUGGCGGCCAAUCAAGGCAGACUGAUGACGUCUUGCUCCUCCGGUUUCCGCAAUUCAAACACAAUGGACAUUAACGCUGCUCUCACCGCUGACAUCUCAGCUUCCCACUUCAACAAUCUCUUCAGUGAUUUCAGGGACCCAUUCAGCAAGCUCAUAGUCAGACGCUGCAAGGUCUGCAGGUCUAAAGGUCACAAAGCGGAAGGGUCACACAAGAAUACCAAGUGUCAGCACUGUGGGAAACCCAGUCAUUGGAAGAAGCUCUGUUUUUCCUGCUAUAUCAGACAACUCGCCAAGUCACAAUCUGUCAGAGCAACAUUGUCAACCAACCCUUCAUCUUCUAUUGGCACAUCUCAAGACUCAGCUGCUGAUGUCGCUGGUCUCAAGGAUAUGAUAGUUCUAAUGCAAAAACAGCAGGCCAAACUGAUGGCAAAAAUCAGCCAGAGUUUUUAG